AGGCUCCUGUGCGCGCGCGGGCUCCUCCUCCAGAGAUGUCGCAGGAGCAUCUCCUGUCAGCGCGGCCUUUCUUUGCUCCUUUUCUUUUCUUUGACACUUCACCGCAUUGGGCCCCGUCAUUUUAAGCAUCAGCAUCAGCAACACUCAUCGUCGUCACUGGCGCCGCAGAACUCGGCCGACCAACGGUCAGGUGACAGCGCGGAGUGGAAUAUUCAUCAGCACCGUCCUCGUCUUUCAUCCCCUUUCCUCCAUCGGACUGUAGGCUGCUGCAGCAGCCCCGCUCGGUCCUCCACCAGCACCUCCUCCUCCUCCUCCUCCACCGCCGCCACGACCCCUCUCUCCUCCCGCCCUCCUGUGCAUCCUCUCUCAUCCGGGCCGGGACGUUCUCCGCUCCGCGCACACGCAAGAUUAACUGGGGAUUGUGGCUCUGCGCCCGACCGCCCACUGAUGCUGAUGUCCUUGAGCUCGGCCUGCACGGUCACAGUGGAGCAGCACUAGCCACCUUGGAUCUGCAUUCACUUCCUGUGUCUAACUUAUCAGCUAACUUUGGCCCCCCUCUCCAUCUGUCAAUCAUCCCUUUAUCCCCGCCGGCGUGUGCAUCAGCCUGCCGUCCAUGGACUGGCUGUGAACCUGGAGGGAGGGGGACAGGCGAGACGAAGGCGAACAAAGCUGGAUUCGUUCAGAUAUCACGCUUUUGAAGUGCUCCUGCUCACUGUUUUUCAUCCCCCUCACCCUCCUCCUCCUCCUCCAGUGAUGGAGAAGUGAAGGAGCAGAGGAAGGCUAGACUGACACAAGGAGAAAACACAACCAGCGCCACUUUGUUCGACAAAAGGCUGUUGAAGUGUAUGAGGAUAAUUAUACGGUUUUGAAUAAGAAAUCAAAGUAGGGGUGAGACAGGCUGUUGAGCACAUGAACAAGCUGUCAGGGAGCACACGAGCGGGUCACUGAGCUGAGGACAGACAAGGAAGGAGGUGGGGAAGGAGGAACACAACAUAAAUCAACCUUGUGUCAUGUCAACAACAGCGACAAUGGGCGAAAUGGCAAACAGCGCAGUGGAGUUUUACCCCAAAGGAACUCGGGGAGGAGGAAGAGAGGAUGGAAGCCGUGGAGCGGGAGACUUUGGGGUCACGUUGAAGGAACUGAGGGAGCUGAUGGAGCUCAGGGGGGCUGACGCCCUGCAAAAAAUCCAGGACAGCUAUGGAGACACAGAGGGGCUCUGCCAGAGACUACAGUCCAGCACAACUGACGGUCUCAGUGGGGACCCAGCAGACUUGGAGCGUCGCGGUCAGACCUACGGCCAAAACUUUAUUCCCCCAAAGAAGCCCAAGACUUUUCUUGAGCUUGUGUGGGAGGCCCUGCAAGAUGUCACACUUAUCAUUUUGGAGAUUGCCGCCAUCAUCUCCCUCGCCCUCUCUUUCUACCAGCCUCCUGGAGACGAAACCGAGUCAUGUGGCAACGUGUCAGCAGGAACAGAGGAUGAAGGCGAGGGGGAGGCCAAUUGGAUCGAGGGUGCUGCCAUUCUGCUCUCGGUUGCCUGUGUUGUCCUGGUGACGGCUUUCAAUGACUGGUCCAAAGAGAAGCAGUUCCGGGGUCUACAGAGCCGAAUCGAGCAGGAACAAAAGUUCACCGUGGUACGGAAAGGAAAUGUCAUCCAGAUUCCUGUGGCUGACAUGGUGGUGGGGGAUAUGGCCCAGGUCAAAUACGGGGACCUGCUACCAGCUGAUGGUAUCUUAGUCCAGGGUAACGAUCUGAAGAUAGAUGAGAGUUCUCUAACAGGAGAAUCUGACCACGUACGCAAAUCUGUGGACAAGGACCCCAUGCUGCUCUCAGGUACUCAUGUGAUGGAGGGCUCAGGCCGCAUGUUGGUGACGGCUGUUGGCGUCAACUCGCAGACAGGCAUCAUCUUCACUCUGCUUGGGGCUGGAGAUGUGGAGGAAGAUGGUAAAGAAAAGAAAGAGGACAGUACUCAGUUGCUCAUCACCACAGAUGCAAGUUACAGCACAGUCACCAAUGGAAAACAACCCGAUGGCGCUGUGGAGAACAACCAGAACAAAGCCAAAAAGCAGGAUGGGGGUGUCGCCAUGGAGAUGCAGCCCUUAAAGAGCGCAGAGGGAGGAGAAGUAGAGGACAGAGAGAAGAAGAAGACCAAUGUACCGAAGAAGGAGAAGAGUGUCUUGCAGGGCAAGCUCACCAAGCUGGCGGUUCAAAUUGGGAAAGCAGGUUUAGUGAUGUCCGCCAUCACUGUCAUCAUCCUCGUGCUCUACUUUGUCAUCGACACCUUUGUUGUCGAAGGUCAUGCGUGGGUAACAGAAUGCACUCCAGUCUACAUUCAAUACUUUGUCAAGUUCUUCAUCAUUGGAGUCACUGUGUUGGUGGUGGCUGUACCAGAGGGUUUACCUCUCGCUGUCACCAUCUCUCUGGCUUACUCUGUCAAGAAAAUGAUGAAGGACAACAACCUUGUGCGCCAUCUGGAUGCAUGUGAGACCAUGGGCAAUGCUACAGCCAUCUGCUCUGACAAGACUGGCACCCUCACCACCAACCGAAUGACUGUGGUACAGGCUUAUGUAGGUGAUGUGCACCACCGUGUGAUCCCAGACCCUGGUCAGAUCAACCCCCGGACACUGGAUCUAUUAGUCAAUGCUAUCGCCAUCAACAGUGCCUACACCUCCAAGAUCUUACCACCGGAUGUGGAGGGAGGUCUGGCUAAGCAGGUGGGCAACAAGACCGAGUGUGGCCUCCUUGGAUUUGUAUUAGACCUACAGCAAGACUAUACACCUGUCAGAGAGCAGAUCCCUGAGGAAAGACUCUACAAGGUGUAUACCUUUAACUCAGUGCGUAAAUCCAUGAGCACAGUGAUCAAGCUGCCAGAUGGAUCUUUCCGUCUCUACAGCAAGGGAGCCUCAGAGAUCAUGCUGAAAAAGUGUUCUUACAUACUUGAUGCCAAUGGAGAAGCUCGGAGUUUCCGCCCACGUGACAGAGAUGAGAUGGUCAAACAGGUGAUUGAGCCGAUGGCAUGUGAAGGACUGAGGACCAUCUGCAUUGCCUAUCGUGACCUGCCUUCCAAUCCAGAGCCAGAGUGGGAUAACGAGGCAGAAAUAGUGACAGAGUUGACUUGCAUCACUGUGGUUGGGAUUGAAGAUCCAGUACGACCUGAGGUACCCGAAGCCAUCCGAAAGUGUCAGCGUGCGGGCAUUACUGUGCGGAUGGUGACUGGUGAUAACAUUAACACAGCCAGGGCCAUUGCUGCCAAAUGUGGAAUCAUCCACCCUGGGGAUGACUUUAUCUGUCUCGAGGGCAAAGACUUCAACCGACGAAUCAGGAACGAGAAAGGAGAGAUUGAACAGGAACGGAUUGACAAAAUUUGGCCCAAACUGCGUGUGUUGGCUCGGUCUUCACCAACAGACAAACAUACUCUCGUCAAAGGCAUCAUUGACAGUAGCAUUAUAGAACAGAGGCAAGUGGUCGCAGUGACAGGUGACGGAACCAAUGACGGACCAGCUUUGAAGAAGGCUGAUGUUGGCUUUGCCAUGGGCAUCGCGGGGACAGACGUGGCUAAAGAGGCAUCUGACAUCAUCUUGACUGAUGACAACUUCAGCAGCAUUGUCAAGGCGGUGAUGUGGGGACGAAACGUCUAUGACAGCAUCUCCAAGUUCCUGCAGUUCCAGCUCACAGUGAACGUAGUGGCUGUCAUCGUGGCUUUCACCGGGGCCUGCAUCACUCAGGACUCCCCUCUGAAGGCAGUGCAAAUGCUGUGGGUGAACCUCAUCAUGGACACGUUUGCUUCUCUUGCCCUGGCCACUGAACCCCCCACUGAGGCACUGUUGCUAAGGAAACCUUACGGUCGUAACAACCCGCUCAUUUCGCUCACCAUGAUGAAAAACAUCCUGGGCCACGGAGUGUACCAACUAGUCAUCAUCUUCACCCUGCUCUUCAUAGGCGAGCGCAUGUUCAACAUUGACAGCGGCCGCAACGCUCCGCUCCACUCUCCACCAUCCGAGCACUACACCAUCAUCUUCAACACAUUUGUCCUCAUGCAGCUCUUCAAUGAGAUCAACGCACGCAAGAUCCACGGGGAGCGAAAUGUCUUUGAUGGCAUAUUUUCCAACCCCAUCUUCUGCUCUAUUGUUCUGGGGACCUUUGCAGUGCAGAUUGUGAUUGUGCAGUGGGGAGGGAAGCCAUUCAGCUGUGCACCGCUCAACAUGGAGCAGUGGCUUUGGUGUCUGUUUGUCGGAGUUGGAGAGCUGCUCUGGGGUCAGGUUAUUGCCACCGUGCCGGCGGAGCGGCUACCAUGCCUGAAGGAGGCGGGACUUGGUCUGGAGCCAGGGGAGGAGGAAGGGGAGGAGCUUGCAGAGGAUGAAGAGGAGAUUGACUGUGCUGAGAGGGAGUUGCGUCGCGGACAGAUCCUCUGGUUCAGAGGCCUCAACCGGAUCCAGACUCAGAUGGAGGUAGUGAGCACGUUCAAGCGAAGCGGCUCGUUUCAGGGAGCAGUGAGAAGGCGCUCCUCCGUGCUCAGUCAGCUCCACGACAUGCGAGUGGUGAAAGCAUUCCGUAGUUCGCUGUACGAGGGCCGGGAGAAGCCAGAGUCCCGCAACUCCAUCCACAACUUCAUGGCCCACCCGGAGUUCCUCAUCAAUGACCUCAUCCACAACAUCCCGCUGAUUGAUGACACUGAUGUGGAUGACGAAUCAGAGCUCAGCAGAUACCAGCACGUGCACCCGGCCCUUCGCAAGCCGCCACCCCCUCCCACUCAGCCCCAGCCCACGUCCCGCACCCGCCCCACCCGCCCAUACCGCCAGUAUAGCCUCCCAGUGACCCAGUGCAACCGAAAUAAUAACAACAGCAGCAGCAGCACUUCAUCAAUUGCCCCUGACGACAUGCACAGCAUCAUCCCUGUUACCCCCGGCAACCACCAUCUCCAUCAUCACCACCAUCAACACUGCAGCAGCCAUCAUACCAGGGACCGGCUGGGGAAACCCGCAACCCCUCACCUAGCCCACCUCUACUGUGUGGAGACCACCUUAUGACUGAGUAGGUGGGGGUGGGGGGGAGGAAAAAAUGGGAGCAGAGGAGAGAGCUUGAGGACGCACACAUGACAUUUUCAUCCAGUCUCUUUUGUCACACGAGGGGGGGGGGCAUGCAGGAGAGAGAGGACAAUGGCCGCAGAUUGCUACUUCUAGCUCCAUGAGAAUAUUGACACUUUCAAGCCCUUUGACCCCCCUCAAACUACGACCUACGCCCCCUCAGCAGCCUCCUGCCCACCCCACCUUGGCCUCACUCGCUUUUUCACCCGCCCUGGUAACGGCGGGUUUGGCGAUGGAGUAAAUCCAUCCUUCAAAGCGCUAUCAGACCUGGGUCGUGAGGCAACGGGGGGACUCCAGACCUCUCCCGUUCAUAUUGGUGUUCAUUCAUUCUGGUUGCCAUCGCAACCCCCCCACCCCCCGCCUCCUGGCCUGCCAUGACAUCACGAUGAUGUGGUUAUCGUCAACUCAUUUGGCUUGUGAUCUAAUCGUUCAAGCUUUAACUUGCCAUUUCUCAACAUAAUGGUGCUCAUUGUUUGUUUCUCACACGGCUUCAGUUCUUCUCCCGCAUGACGUCAUUUUUCACUUGACUUCCUACUGUCCCCUCACCCCAGCCCUCUCGCAAUGUGCGUGUGUGUGUUGUCUUGUCUGUCUCUUCUGGGGGGGGUUGGGGAAGCUAAAUUGAAACAAAAAUUCAAGCAAAUACUAUUCAUUUAAGCCUAAUAGUAAAUGAAGGAUAUACAGUAUAUACAUAUGUAUAUAUGAAUAUAUAUGUUAUUUUUUUGAAUGAUUGGAAAGCGACAACACAGAACUUCUUCAGUCGCCAAUCCUCGAAUGCUGCCCGAAUGCCAUGUUGUGUGUGUGGGGGGUUCACACAUAUACAUACAGUACACUGGGCCCCCGCAUAUAAUGAACUGAUCGAUGGCAUAUGUGUCAACAUUAUAUUCUGUCUAGGCUCCUCAUUCCACACGUUGUUUUGCCUCGCUUUCCCGAAUCUUCUUUCCUUUUUGAGGGGAAAAAAGCUGAAUGCUUGUGAAGCAUUAUCCCUUUAAAUGGCAUCAGGUCACAAUGCACAGACUAUGGCCCUUUAAGACGAACAUGCACUCACCUCAAACCCGCUCCUGCUCGCAUGCCAUCAGGUCGUCUCCAUCACAAACCAGCCAACCCCCCCUCCCCCGUCGCAGGAUGCGGAUAGAUAGAUGGUUGAAUUGAUAGCUUUGUUGCCACAAAGCGACAAACAACUGGAAUCUUGCAGGCUAAGUGUUACCCAGAGUAUUAGCUACACACAUCAUGUCGUGUCGAUGACGACACGUUCACCGUCAUCGUGUUGUCAAGUUGAAGAACCAGCUCAUAGUGCUUGCAUGAGAAGACCCAUAUUAUCAUAUGUUAUACGCUUGGCAUUUUAUUUCUUUAAAACUGGAAACCACGGGUGUGAGUCCGCCCAAACGCGUGUGAUGCUGACGACGCAGCUUGCUUGUAGGGCAAACCAAGGCCAUUGAGGACAUGAGCCUCAGCCCCAGAAUCUCAAAAGAGGCAAAAACACAUCUUUGAUGACUAAUACGGAGAGAGCGUUACAAAUGUCCCCACCCCAGCACGAUAAUAUAUAUUGAAAUAUUGAAUCAUUGUCUUUUGUUGUCUUUGCUGUCUGGCCGGGAGAAAUGACGUGCGAUUUUACUGCCUCAUAGUGAGGCGUGUGGGGUCCAUUUUGAACCCCAUGGAAGUUACCAAAUAUGGUUCUUUGCCCCAUAAGUGUUGCAAGUGAACAGACCCGUGCUUGAAGGUCUUGUGCAGUCACUCUACAAAGAGACAAACACUAAAAGGUAACAGUAAACUAAUUCUGGUGACAACUGUAACACAAUCAUGACAGUUCCUGUAACCCAUCUGGUUUAGCCAGCCCAGGGUUCCGCAGAAAAAGAGUUGAGUGCACUAACCUAGCCCAGACUGUCAACUCGAUGUCCAGCGUGACUCUUCAGGUUCAGGGAGUUGGGUUUACCAACGUACAUUCGCACAGCCACACUAGCUGGCAUCCGUUAUAUGAGCCCCAUGAAGAAGAAAAAACUCCCCCACGGACUGGGAUUGAGUCCAUGCCCUCUGCUUUAAAAGGCAGCAGCUGUACCAUUACACCACCAGGGUGAUGAGUGCAGUGUCUUAGUACUCUCUUUUUCGUCUCUCCUGCCUCUGGCUGACUUGGUGCGCUAUCCCUCACAGCGGCAGUGCCGAGAACACCCCCCGUCGCACAAAAUACGCACAGCGCAUGUUCAGCGUGUAGAGGGGGGCGGCUCUGAAGCAUUUUUGAUAGGCAAAACUGAAUGACAUGCCCUUAGUUUGCCCUAUUAAUCUCCUCUGCGUUGUCAUGGUAACAAUGUGAAAAAGGAAUCAUGGAGUGUUUUAAGAUGUAACAUUGGAGGCAGAGCUGCAUGAGCACAAAUCUUUUGACAACACACUUGAUGGAACGACAGCGGGCGCCAUGUGAGCUGGUGGCGUCACAUUCCUCCACAUCCAUCAUGCCCACACACCAGAGUGUCGCCCAGUGCCCCAUGUUACAGCGGGUGUGCGUGAACUGCUGACUUCAUGUCGCCCCGGAGCGCCGCUGCAACGCGAUGCAAAUCAACAAUCUCGCCACCCCCAGCCCGCCAAACACCGCCUUCCACCAGCCCCCCCCCCCCAGACCCCUACCGCAGUUUUCUCCUGUUGACUUCCUGACCGGACCCACCAUGGGAAACAGGCAAGGGCGGAUAAUAUGCAACUUGACUUGACAUGUCAUCACGUGUAAACCCAGAUUAGAAAUGCAGUGCAACAGGGAUGCUAACACAUGCAAAAACAGCGCAGGAACACGCGUGUCCUGCGAGUUCUGUUUCAGGAUGGGCGCAAGGCUCUCUGGGAACAUCCUUAACUGUACAGAACUCUUGUCUUCUUGAAUGCUCAUCAUCAUCAUGGCCGCCACCGACACCCGGGUGGUAGCAUUGUGUUGCUCUGUCUGUUUGGAAGCAUGCAUUUUGGUAUCAUUAAUGUCACUCUUUAUGUGUAGGUAAAUCAUUUAGGCUACUGUCACGACUGUGUGCUAUGAACUCUCCACGUUAGCUCUGUCUCUCUCACAAACACACACACACGCACGCACGCACACACACACACACACACACACACGCACGCACUCCUGUUCCAGUCUAACCUUGUCUAUUUCAGCGCCUCGUAGCACAGCUCUGUCAGUGCUUCUUACAGUACACGAAAAGAAGAAAAACACAUACUGAUGAAUCUUACAGUGUUGUAAAUUAGACGGUCCAGUUCCUGCCAUCUCUGUCCAUCCGUCCAGCCAUGUUACAUCAUGAUGUUGUGAGAUAGUUUUAACAGAAGGCAAAGCAGAACGUGACAAAGAAUAUAUUUAUCCAAAAUUAGAAACUUGUACGACUGCAUCCAAACUGUACAGAUCGCCCCAAAAUGUGCACACGCGCAAUUUUAAUUUACAGGUACUAUGUUCCUGUUACUUUUUUUAUGCUGUUCUUUUAUUUUAGUCCUUUUGCUUUUUGUAAGGAGGAACAACAAAAUGGAAGCACUUGUAUAUUACUAUGGUUACUGAUUUUCUCCACCGGUGCUCCCACUGAUGGAAAACAGACGUCGCACAUUCUCCUGAGCAUAUUCUGAGGGCUGUGUUUUCUGUCCAUUGAACAGCCCCCGAAGCGUGCAGUUCAGUCUCUUUAAGACCUGAGGCGUGACUCUGUAAAUAGGCAAACAGGAGAUACAAUCGUACCUCAUUAUGAGCUAAAGGACUGGACAAAAUGAGGCUGGACAACUGGAGGGUGGCACAGAGCUAGAGACUGCAGAAGUGCAAUGCAUUGUUUGCAUUGUUUAGGCUGCUCUUUUAGAUCUGCUGCAAGUAUUCACGGCCGGGGAGAAACUGAGGCUUUUACAUUAUUCAUUAUACAUACUGUUGUAUAUUUUGUGCGUGGAAUGGUUCCCCUUCUUGCACACUGCAGAGCUGUUCUGCCGACAGAAAAUACAGCCUGAACUGUGCUGAAAUGAAAAAAAAAGACCAAAAAAAAAAAACCCAUAAAGACUUGAAUAUAUUAAAGAGUUACCUGCCUGUUAUUUAAAUGAAUAAAUAUCUAUAUAUGAGAAAGAACACACCUGUAUACUGUAGACUAAAACUGUAUGGAAAUCUAAGAUAAUUUAUCGGGAAUUAAGUCCAACACCUUUUGUCUGUAUGAAAGAAAAAAAAAUACAUCAAAGUAUUCUACAAUAAUAACUUUGACAAAGUCUGUGUGGUCCUGUGUUGUUUGUUCUCUCUUGAACGUCUCGUCACCAGUGGCAUGGAUUGGGCCUCGUUCACAAACACUUCUGGAGGUUUUUUUGGUUUCCUUUAUUCAAGCCAUCUUGACACUUGCACAAAUUUUGUCCCCACAGUGGUACGCAAUUUCGCUUGCCAAUGACGACAUUGGCCGUGGAACAGGCGUGAAGUAUGUGUAAACUGUGUGGGGCUGCUUGCCGGAGUCGCAAACACAACGCAACCUAUUCGCGAGCAAUGCGAGCGGUGCGUAUCGAAUCGUGUCACAUGCCUUAUAAUUGUCGUAGAUGGAUCCAGCUUUGCGUGGCUUCUUCAGAGCAACUUGUUUGCCGUCCACAGCCCCCAAAUACUUGUGGUAGUUCCAUCUGGAACUAAAACUGAUCAUAACGCCUUAAGUGCUGUCUUCCAGUCACCCAUACUGUCUGCGCUUUCCUUUUUCCAGAAAGGCCUACUGUUAAGGAUGUUCCUUAAUCGAUAAAUAUAGAUUCAAGAGUUUUUUAUAUUGUUUUUUAUAUGGGUCCAAUUUGCCAGAGGAUAUUCCUUUUAAAACACUUCAGAAGUGUCAUCUCUGCAUAGUUACUCAAACAAUUACACAGCAACAGGAUUUCAGGGUAUUCCAGGAGUAUGGCAUACCGGAUCACCAACUUCGGGGCUGUUCACUCCCUGUGUGACCGGUGUCAGAGCUCAGUGCGCAUUGCCGGCAUUACGUCAGACUCGUUUCUAGUGAAGUUUGGACUCCGCCAGGACUGUCACCGUUUCCGUUCGUAACUGUUACGGACAGAAUUUCUAGGCACAGCCGGAGCUUUGGGGGGGAUCCAGUUUGGUGGCUGCAGGAUUGGUGGAUGGAUGCAUAGCUUUUGAAACCAAUACACCGAAACAGAAGACUUGGGUUGUGGCGCACCAUCAUUGUGAACAUGCUGUUGUUUACGGCAAUGUUCGUGCACUUGUGGAUGUUGUGGCUAACUCCCAUUCUCUGUACCACUUGCCAGGCGUACUUAAACCUUUCUUAAUAUUCCAAAAUGUAUUUCAUCCCAUGAAUAAGCAAACGCGGCACUUAAAAGAAUUAUUUACAGCUAUAAAAUCAAUGAGAUAUUCACAAAUUAGCAAACUACAUUGCACGAUCAAUCAGAUUACAUUAUGCCCAAGUACUUAACAUUUAUUGAUGUAGUAGUUUGCCACUAUUACUAGAAUUUGUCAAAUUUUAAUGCAAUAUGACGCUAGAGAUGUUAUUUUAUAUAAAUACACUGCUUUCAAAUGUGGAUGCAUUUUUUUUUUACCUUGCUUGUUUUUCUUUCAGGAACUGCUGCAGAAGUCUUUUGCUAACUUUGCCACCCUCUUGUUAUCACUGAAAUGGGUGUAAUGAUCUGAUAUCACCACAAGAUGGGGCAAGAAGUGUCCCUGAAUGAGGCUAAUACGGGGGUCGGCAACCUUGCAACCAUCAAAAGAGCCAUUGUGCCUCUGCUUUCAGUAAAACAAAUAAAAUAGUCUGGAGCCGCAAAACAUUACACAGCUUAUACACUUUUAAAAGUUUUAAUCUUUUUUAAAUUGGACUUGUUACAACAACACAAUUCAACUCACAGAAGCGCAUGUGCAGGUCUACUUUGAAAUCAUUUGAACACUGAACUAUGGAGGCCUUUUGGAGUCAUUCCUGUGUUUGUGUAAAAUUAAAAGUAGCCAACUUGAACAUAAAAAAGCCCAUCAGAGUUCACAUAUCUCGGCGAAAAAGCCGCAACAAGGAGGCUGAAGCGCCAAACGCGGCUCCGGAGCCAUGGGUUGCCGACCACUGGGCUAAUCAGUUGAAGUUUAGAAAAAAACAAAAACAACAUAUCAUGGUGCUUAAAGGCUAAAAUGUAAUGUCUGUGUAUGCCUACGCAGCUUCUCAGGAGGUUAAGCGUGCCUUGCUAGUAAAAUCACAGGCCUUGUGUCCCCAUUGGUGUUUGGAGCGAGUGUGUUUUUACUUUACUUUUUUUUUUGGGCCUAACUAAAUGGUAAUGUAAACAUGCUGGACUUUAAAGGGUUAAAAACCCCAAAAUAUAAUUAAUAAUUGUGUAUUAUUUAGGCAGAAACGUUUAUAUUUUUUUAAAUGCAGAUUUUAAGUACCUUUUUUAUAACUUUAGGCCCAUAGGGUGUAUUUAAAGGUACCCCACUCUGGGGGUGGAGAAGUAUGACGGAAGUUCUCCAUUGGAGGUGCAUGACUGACUUACAGACGCUAUAGUGACAAAAUGUUGCGUUUUCAUUAGUGGUACUAAACUGUACAAUAAGUACAUAUACUGUACGUCUAUUACACACAGGGACGGACCAUUAAGGCAAAGUAGGCAAUUAGGCUCUGCAAGGGCCAGGGUCACCACUGCCAGCAGUACCCAUAUAUAUAAUCAUGUAUAAUUAUGUUAGCAAACUAAAAAAAUAACACAACAAAAAAGAACGCCAUCUGAAAGAUACAUUCAUAUUAUCAACCCCCCUCUCCCCCACACUAUAAUGGACUGUUCCAUGAUGACCGAGGUAAUGCGCCUUUGUGAGAAGCUAACUGUGAAGCUACUUAAAAUGAAGCGAAUUUACCAGAGCGGGUUUGAGAAGAGGUAACGGCGAGAGGACGCCAAAAAUAUAUAUUGCCUCAUGGGCGAAGGUCUCAAAAUUCUCUAAGGUGUCGGUAGAAAAAAUGUCAACGUCCGCUAACUACCGCGGACUGUGAGCCGAGUUCCAGUCUGCUACCGGAUGCUGAGUUUGGUGCUGCGACACCUCACGUGUGUGUGAAGUCCAGUGAGAAGUUACAGCAACAAGUAGCACUUCCUUUCUUUGACAUUUAUGCAAUGAAAAACAUGGACUACAAUAUGGAUGUGCUUCAACAAGAUAAUGAGAAAAUAUGAAAAACCUCCAUUGGACGUCUCUCCCAUGUGGAAAUUGGGAGAAAACAAUAGUUAGCUAAGUGUUUAUGUCUGUGAGAGACCAAAACAGCGAGAGUUUGUGUUCAGAGAGGAGGCGUUAAUGAUUUCUCCCCAUUUCCAUGCCUUCCUCCUGACACUGUAUAGUUAUGACUGUUGGGAUAUAUUGUUUUGUAAUUGCUUUUGUUAG